AGCAGCUCUCACUUUACUCAGUUCUCUGGGGAAGGAAACGAAACUCGAGUGGUAGUAAAGACGAACCUCGUUUAUAUCGAAAUAAAAAUAAAAAAAAUACCAAACAAUGGUUACGAUCAGGUCUGUCAAAGCCCGUCAGAUCUUCGACAGUCGUGGAAACCCCACCGUUGAAGCUGAUGUUACUCUCUCUGAUGGGACCGUAGCAAGAGCUGCUGUGCCAAGUGGUGCUUCCACUGGUACAUAUGAAGCUCUGGAAUUGAGGGAUGGAGGGUCUGACUACCUUGGAAAGGGUGUGCUUAAGGCUGUGAAGAAUGUGAAUGCAAUCAUUGGACCUGCUUUGGUUGGCAAGGACCCAACAGAGCAGGGAAAAAUUGAUAAUUUCAUGGUACAGCAGCUUGAUGGAACAGUUAAUGAAUGGGGUUGGUGCAAACAAAAGCUUGGAGCAAAUGCUAUCUUGGCUGUUUCACUUGCUGUUUGUAAAGCCGGCGCCGUGGUGAAGAAAAUUCCCCUCUACCAGCACAUUGCCAAUCUUGCUGGCAACAAGACCUUGGUCUUGCCUGUACCUGCAUUCAAUGUUAUCAAUGGAGGUUCCCAUGCAGGCAAUAAACUAGCGAUGCAGGAAUUCAUGAUUCUCCCAGUCGGGGCAUCAUCUUUCAAGGAAGCCAUGAAGAUGGGCGUAGAAGUAUAUCAUCACCUGAAGGCUGUUAUAAAGAAGAAGUACGGACAGGAUGCUACUAAUGUUGGUGAUGAAGGUGGCUUUGCUCCUAACAUUCAGGAAAACAAAGAGGGACUUGAGCUCUUGAAGACAGCUAUAGCAAAAGCUGGGUACACUGGAAAGGUUGUUAUUGGAAUGGACGUUGCUGCUUCAGAGUUCUAUGAUAACAAGGAUAAAACCUAUGACUUGAAUUUCAAGGAAGAGAACAAUGAUGGAUCACAAAAAAUUUCUGGAGACAGUUUGAAGAAUGUUUACAAGUCAUUUGUGACUGAUUAUCCAAUUGUCUCCAUUGAGGAUCCAUUUGAUCAGGAUGAUUGGGAGCACUAUGCCAAAUUGACCUGUGAAAUUGGUGAGCAAGUGCAGAUUGUUGGUGAUGAUCUCCUUGUCACAAAUCCUAAGCGCGUGGAGAAAGCAAUUAAGGAGAAGUCCUGCAAUGCUCUUCUACUGAAGGUGAAUCAAAUAGGUUCUGUAACUGAAAGUAUUGAAGCUGUAAAAAUGUCUAAACUUGCUGGUUGGGGUGUCAUGGCAAGCCACCGAAGUGGCGAAACUGAGGAUACUUUUAUUGCGGACCUUUCAGUUGGGUUGGCAACAGGCCAAAUCAAGACGGGAGCUCCUUGUAGAUCAGAACGUCUUGCCAAGUACAACCAGCUUCUCAGGAUUGAAGAAGAGCUUGGAGCUGCUGCAGUUUAUGCUGGGGCAAAGUUCAGAGCACCAGUAGAACCCUACUAGGUUCAUUGGCGAUUCCCUGUACUGCAAUAAGCUUCAUGACGCUGCGGAAGUCAAGGGUCUUUUCUAGUAGUAGGAAGGCUUAAAUUAGUUAGCAUAGUAGAAUAUGAGGUAUUCCUGAGUGAAGGUGUUGUUUUGAUUGGGUUCACUUUUUCCCCCUUUUUCGAGUAGUGUUUUUGUAAAAACUUGUUUCAGUUAUAAAUCUUCACAAUUUGAAUGUGAUGCUGUGACUAUUCUCUUCCUUGGGUAAUCUAGAGUAAAGGGUUUUCAUAAUUAUCUUUU